ACCAUUCAGUUCAUUAAUGUGAGAAUGAUUCCUCCCUCUUUGCAUCUAAUAAAAAUUGAAAAUAUUGUUGUUAAAUCAAAAAUAAUCAAAAUUUAAAACACGUAAAAAAGUGUUGAAACAUUCUACACACAUAUUGAUUCGCUCACACAUGAAUCUUAAAUUGAACUGGAAAUGCCUGUUUACCACGAAAGACAGACACGUCAACUGUGCGCUUUACAUACCCUAAAUAAUUUAUUUCAAACCCGUCAAGCAUUUACUAAAGAGCGAUUGGAUCAAAUAUGCACAGAUUUAAAUCCAAAUGUUUGGCUGAACCCACAUCGUUCAAUGUUGGGUUUGGGAAACUACGAUGUCAACGUAAUAAUGGCUGCACUACAGGCAUGGAAUUGUGAAGCUUGUUGGUUUGAUAAGCGAAAAGAUCCCUCAUGCAUCGAUUUGAACGCCAUUGUUGGUUUCAUUUUAAACGUACCUUCAGAUUAUAAAUUUGGCUUUAUAACACUGCCUCUGCGAAAGAGGCAUUGGAUUGCAAUUCGUCAAAUCGAUGGAAAAUAUUACAAUUUAGACUCAAAAUUACAUUCACCCGAAUGCAUAGGCGACGAACAACAGCUAUUUGCUUUCUUAAAACAACAAUUGCAAUCGAAUGACCGCGAAUUAUUUGUAGUUGUUGAGUCAUCUAGUGUCAAUGGUAAUAAUGAGCAACCAGCUAAAAGGUGGUUGAGAGAGCCGAUAGUCGCAAAUGAAAGUGAAACUGCUGGUGCAAGAAGCCUAACAAAAACCUUAAAUAUGAAUGGACAUGUUUCGUGAGCUUUGAUUUUCUCACACUGUAGGGUAUACAAGAAUAUUGUUUUGAGGUUGUAAGGAAUAUUUAUCACACAAAAAAUAAAGAUAAGUUUAUGUAUCGCUGUUGGAAAGUCCAUUAAAUCAAGUAAACGAGUAAUAAAAGACUAGUCCGGUUAGUUUUUAAGGGAUUGCCGCAUCAAUGGAAUACGUACAGAUUUCUGUUAAUUACUAUAUAACGAGUAUAUGCAUGUUUUGUAUAAUCAAUUCCAAAAUUAUUUUUUGUAAAACAAGGUAUGUUUUAUUUUUUUUUUUUUAUUUUUUAAGUAUAGAUUUAUGUUUUUAUAUAAAACUAACGAAAUUGAAUAAAGGUGUAACAUGUUGAUCAGAGAAA